UCACUGCUUUGCACUCCGCGUUUCCCUGCUUUCCUUGAUCUCUCCGUAUCCAUGCAGUUCAGGUCCAAGCAUGGCCUCCGUAUCUCUCACGAAUAUCAUUUUCACCAGCAUCAUCCUGUAUAUAUUCGCAAUCCUACUCAAGCUCCUGCAAAACUACCAAAGAGCGCGCAAGAUCGGAUUACCCAUCGUUUUCGUCCCCGUGGACCAAAGCAACAUCUUAUGGAUAAUUAUCUCCCCAAUCGUACGCCCGCUUCUAAAGCGCUAUCUUCCCAGGUUCAUCUACAACCGUAUAGUCAUUUGUAUCUUCGGACAUGAAUUCCAUGAAAAGCUCGAGCCAUUUAAAAACUUUGUUGGCGGGCAGAAGACGUAUACCCUGAUAACACUACGGGGACUGGAAAUCUGGACCUGUGAUCCCGAUGUUUCGAUGGAUGUUUUGCGACGACCCAAGGAUUUCUCGCAGCUGGAGAUCGCAAAUAAGAUGAUGAGUAAAUUCGGGAGCAAUGUUCUAACUACAAGCGGGGCGGUUUGGGCGCGACAGAGAAAGAUCAUAGCAAGUGUAAUCAAUGAAAAGAUAAGCGGAGUUGUGUUUGACGAAAGCGUGAGGCAAGCUGCCGGAUUUAUAGAGGAGUUUGGCGAAUCGAAGCCUGGUGAUAUAGGAUCGAGAAGUACAAAGGCCAAUCGAGUGAUUGAUGGAGUGACUUACAAGACGUUUGACAUGGUGAAGAAGAUCACCAUCCAUGUGCUGAGUAGGGCCGGUAUGGGUGUGACUCGGCCCUGGAGAGAUGACGGGAGACAGAUUAGGAGCAGUGCUGCAAAGGCAGACCACGAUGAAGAUUCCAGGUUGAAAUUUGACCGCGCUCUUCAAAUGAUUCUCGCGAAUCUCGUCUCUGCAACCCUAGUGCCCGAACAGAUUCUUUCACAUUGGCCUUUCUUUCUUCCAGGAGCUCGGGAAAUGAGAGAUUUGGCGUCCGCAGUCCGGCAUCUCCCGAGAAUGUUCAGAGAUAUGCUCGGUCAAGAGGCGCCAGUAACGGACAGUUUCCAUGGUUCCAGCGACAAGGAGCCGAGUACAAAGAUCAAUAUCAUAAGAAAUCUCUUCAUUUUCAACGCUGCUGGAUUCGACACAUCUGCGAAUGCCCUCUCGUUCCCUCUCGUGGUUCUAGCAGCCUAUCCACAUUGGCAGGAGUGGCUUUUUGAGGAGAUUGAUCAAAUCGUCCCCGAAGAUUCAGACGCCUCAAUGGAAUACUCCACUAUUUUCCCCAAAGCUAUUCGGACACUUGCUUUUAUGCUGGAAGUAUUGCGCCUCUUCCCACCUGUAAUUCACAUCGGAAAAACAGCCCUUUGCGGAAAUGGAGAAGCGGUCCAGCUUGUGAACCCGAUGAAAAAAAAUGGCGAGUCUGCAGUGACAACCGAAAUACCAAGCGGGGUUGUCAUUUAUAUCAACAGUGCGGCGUUGCACAUGGCACCAGAGGUAUGGAGAGAUUUGAACCCUCAAGAUGAGACCCAGCACACUGGCCAUCGAGUUCAGAACAGAGAUGCAAGUCAGAGCGGCAUCAAAGCCAGCGGUAGAUUUGUUCCUGACGAGGAGCUGUUCCGGCCCUCCCGCUGGAUAAAUCACUCUGACAACACGAUUUUCCAGCCGCCCCGUGGAAGCUAUCUGCCCUGGUCAGCUGGUCCCCUAACUGUCCAGGGCAAAAAAUGGCACAGGUAGAAUUUGUUGGGGUGUUCCUCACUCUCUUCCGAUAUCAUCGGCUGGAGGCAGUCCGCCACGAGAUUCCGGUCAAGGUCAGCACUUCGGCUUCAAAAGAACAUAAGACGAGAAGAAUGCAGACAAGAAAGGAGACCGAUGAUGAAGUGCGGCAGAGAUUAGAACGCGUGAUAGAUGGGUGUAGAAGCAAAUUGACUCUCGAGAUGGAGGUGUAUGGGGUUACGGACGCAGAGGAGGAAAAAGGAGGGAGGGGCGUGGGUUUGCGGUGGGUGAGAAGAAAGGCGCCAAACCGGCCUUGAGCUUUGGCGCUCAAGGGAGCCCAGCCAGGAUGGUGCCUUGGCGUGUUGAAGCCUAUCUUCACCGGGCGGUCCAGGCGGCCGGCCCCGUCAAAACGUCCCAAGUUUUGCCACCAA